AUGAAGAAUAAAAAUUCUGUGCCUGUACAACAACAUGCACAGCAACUUCAACUUUCUGGUUGCCAAUCCCAACCAUCUCAGCUGCAGCAUAACAAAAAUGUGAGACCCCACUUUCAUCCAGUGAAGUUACCCUCAAGAAGCACUCCAAUUGGUAUAUCUCCACUUUCAGAAAUAGAGCAAGGGUUUCCUAAUUCACAACCAACAAUGAUAAAUUCACUUCAGUCUGGGUCUCAAACGAGAUUGGAGAAAAGAAAUGUUUUUAGUCCAUUGCAGCAUGAUUAUCCCAUGCCUGUGCACCAAGCAAUCACCGGUUCAUCAAAACAGACAAAAUUUUCUCAUAAUUCCAGUCUGAAUACACUUGAUUCCACUAUAAAUUCGUUUCAGAAGAGUUCUACUAUCAUCACUUUCCAGCAACAGAAGCAACACAAAAUACAUCAAACAAUGCAGCCACAGAACCUAAAGCAAGAAAAUCAACUUCAGUUGAUUCAGCAGAGGAAGCAACAAGUGUUUACAGAAGAUGCCCAACCCAGUAUUAGUUCAGGAUUUCUUCAGUGUUGUCACUCAAUUGACUUGGAACAUCCUGAUCAAACUCAACCACCAAGAAAUCCUGUCCAAUUUCAUUCCACCUCUCAAAUAUAUCAGAGUUCUUCUCUUCAAGUUAGCCAACGAAAUCUAGGGUCACCUCUUUCAAAAGCUGGUACAGUGUUUCCAUCUGCAACACCAGUAGACCUUGAGAAACGCCCCUCUUCUGUUUCUGUACUUUCAAACUCAGAUUGCAAUCAGCAAACAGCUGCUCCAAAGCAGCCACUUGAGCGCUUACUUAAAGCGGUUGAAUCAGUUUCACAAAAAGCACUGAGUGCCUCUGUUCAAGAAAUUGAUAUGAUAGCUGGAACCACAAUUGAUAAUGUAUCCAAAGGUUCUGUUGGUGGGGGUUUGGCGUGUAGAAUGAGAUGUCAAAUACAAGCAAAGAACUACAGGUUGCAAAAUGGACAUGUUUUUGUGGACAAGAUGAAGCACCAGAUCAGUUACAUGGCCCAUAAUGCAACUUUGUUAUCUGCCAAUGAAAUUUGUAGUUUUAAGCGGUUAGCUGAUGAUUUAAGUGACCUAGAUUCAACUGCAAGAUAUCAGAUCAAGCGGCCCAGGAUUGAGCCAAAAAAUGAACUCCGGAAUGAAAUCAAAUGCAUAAACCAGCAGUUAGUAGAAACCAUGAUAGAUUUAGAUUCGACUGAAGAUCUUGCUUCUAUUGAAACUGGUGAAGGAACUGUUAUCAGAUGCUCCUAUAGCGCUGUGGCUCUGAGUCAAAAUUUGAAGUUGCUGUAUGCUUCAUCCCAUAUGCUGCCAGUGCUUUCUUUAUGGUUGCUUGUUCCUGCUGAUUACCCGAAUUCUUCUCCUACAAUCUUUGAUGGGAUGACUGUCCGCUGGAGCCAUGACAAUAAGGAGUCUAAAGAACUAUCGGAAAAUGCAAAGUUAAAGUUCAGCGUUGUUCUGCGCAUCCUUUCAGAGCCCAUAUCUCUUGGAGAGAUGGCGAGAGCUUGGGAAUUCUGUGCCCGUGAAGUAUUUCUUGAGAAUGCUCAGCAUAUUGGAGGAGAGUGCUUUAGUUCAAGAUAUGGUCGGUGGGAGAACUGCAUUACUGGUUGA